CAUUAAGGUGGGCUUGAAAACAAGAGAGAGUCAACGACAUCAGAGUAAAAGAGAUAAAUAUAUAAUGUUGCCACCAAAAAUACAAUUUCGUAUUCUCCCUAAUAAUGAGCGUAUAAAUUGAUUUUUAAAGUAAAUUACCCUUGAAGAUACUUUUAGCUAUUAUUCUAAUGCCAAAAAAUAUACUUAGUUGAGAAAUAUUAGAUAUAAAAUUUAAUAUUACUUAUUAGAAAAUAUAUAUGGGGGAUUAUGUGUGGCAACACUAAUGUCCGGACGCCAUAUUGGUUUUGACAUUGUUGACGUCACAAGAAAAAUGUCUGCGGCCGGUUGCGCACCAUUUUAUCUUGUACUAAUGUUUAUUUGUAAUAAAUAAACUACUUCCAUUUAAUUCUACAUACAUUGAUAACGUUGAGUCGAGCUUGCUCCUCCGUUGCUGUGUUUUGGUGAAAUUAAGUGUGUAUUUGUGAGAUAUAGACUCGGUGUUGAGACAGUGACUUGUUUGAUUUUGUUUUGUGUUUAAUUCGCGAUGAGUUCACAAAAAGAAAACACAAGAAUCUGCUGCUUGUGUGGAUCUUCACCUUCUAAAGAUCCCAGCAUCACUUUGCAUCGGUUUCCAAAGCCUGGCACUAAAAAUGCUCUGCGUUGUGAAUUAUGGGCAAAGUAUUGCUUCCCAAACGAAGCCUGGUCUUCACCAAAAUUCCAGGACGCACUCCAUAAACAACAUAAGAUGCUAUGCAGCAAACAUUUCAAAAGCACAUGCUUUAAUGAGAAGAAGUUGUUCAGAACAGCUGUACCUGAUGUUCAAUGCCAAAAGGAUACAACAACUUCUAAUGUGCCAGAUCAAUCUGAUUUGGCUGCAGUAAUGUUUGAAAUGUUAAAACUUGGCAAGAUCGUUUUUCAAAAAUUUGUUUCAGCCCGGAACGAAAUACAUUGAUAUAUAGCUUUUGUUGUGUAGUAAAUGUUUGUAAAUAUCAAAAUAUAAUUGGUCUAGUGUCUUUCUCUUCCUAAUCAUUUCUAUAAUAAAGAAGAAAUAACACCAACGUUUAUUACACAAUAUGAUAGAAUAAUUUAAACCAUGUCUGUAAACUUGUUGUUUGUUAAACAAAUCGAUAGUAUUCUUUAUUGUAUAAUAACAUAGUCUUGUUUUUUAUAAUAGUAACACUUUAAAACUAACUAGAAUUUUUGUUUGUUUAUGUUUUGAUGUUGAAAUUGUAUGCAAUAGGCCCAUCCAUACUUGUUAUUUUGGACGAAAAUGUCUGAAAUACCUACCUAAAUUGAUUAAAUUCAUGUAUUUUAAAAUUCAUUACAUAGGUGCACAUACUUGUGAUUUAUGAACACCUUUUGUACCCUAUUUCUGGAAAUAAAUUAUAAUUAUUAACAUGCUAAAUAAAAAACUCUUGUACUGUAA